AUGGGACAGCCAGGACGAGAAGUGAAAACCAAGAUCAAGUACUUCGAUGAUCCCGGAGUGCCUCUGGUGCCCAUGGUUAUUGGAGGCCCUGAGCCUGGCAAGCCGCAACCGAAAAUCGAAAUUCCAACGACAAUUACCGACAUCACCGGCAGAGAAGAUGAAUUCACGCUUGACGUCCAGGGAUUCCACUACGUGAAGCACGAGAGUCAGGUGACGAACUGGGAUGACGAUGAAGAGAUCAAGCGAGUGAACUAUCCAGAGAUGGAGAAACUAUGCUGGAAGGUCUUAUCGGAAACUGAGAAUAUGCCCAAACCUUGCUUGGUUCAUAUUAUGACGCACAUCAUCCGUCGUGGUCCCAAGGACGGCGAAGGCCCCAAAGGUCCUGCGCCGUUAUACGGCGUCCACGUUGACCAAUCCUUUGCGGCGGCUGAAGGUGUCGCCCAGAGAUGGUUAGGAGAUAGAGCAGAAGAGUUACUCAAGAAGCCACGAUACCAGAUUAUCAAUAUGUGGCGACCGAUCCGCCCUAUUACCCGGGACCCAUUCGCGGUCUCUGACGCCAGAUCCAUCCCAGACUCGGACCUGGUGUUCGUGCCUGUACGCUUUCCGGACCAUGACACUGAAGCCGUUGAAGUGCGUCCUCCAACGAACUCGCCUCAUAAAUGGUACUUCAAGGAUCAACAGCAGCCAGACGAUGUGUUGUUCUUCAAACAGGUAGAUUCGAGCACAAAGCCGGGUGUCCCCAGAAGAGUUCCCCAUUGUGCUUUCAAGGACACAGAGCUGCCCGAGGGGGCCGGCGACCCAAGGAUGAGUAUUGAGGUCAGAGCCUUUGUUUUCUACAAUGAGGACUAG